AUGUUCCUACAACCCCUGGGCCUUCGGUGCCCUGCUCUCCGUGUCGCCUCCCGGCCGUUCCGAAGUUCAAUAAUAGCCCGAGUCCACGAUGCACGAGGUGCAACCAGAACCUUUAGAUGCGGCGGUUACAACAGGUCCAGCGCAUCUAAACAACCAAGUUUUAGUGCGCUGGUAGGAAGGAGAACAGCGUCGCAUCAUGGCGGCGGCCAGCGAAACAACGGGCAGAGGAGGAUUCUCAUGUCCAGGAUAGGCGGCACAGGCGCAGCUACAUUGGGAACCGCGGCCUUCGUUCAGCUAUCUGAGCAAGAAAACGAUAAUGCAGACGAGACGGGCGAGGAUCGUAUGUUGGCCGCGUCGCGUGACGAGAUUGCGAAGCGCUUAGACGACGACGACCAUGGGCUCUCACGCGCACGCCACGGCAUCAUAUUAUUCCUCGACUUGUACGUUUGGGAGCCUUUGUGCACGGGCUUCCGUUUCCUGCAUCUGGUGUGCAUCUUUGUACCAGUCAUACUCGCCGUACCGGCAAUCUGGAUCGGUCGCAGGUUGCCGGACAAGGAUAACGAGAGGACCGGUACGCUAUGGUGGUACGGGUUCCUAGUGCAGAGCAUGGAGUUCGCCGGUCCGGCCUUUAUCAAGCUCGGCCAGUGGGCUGCAUCAAGGUCUGAUAUAUUCCCGACCGAGAUGUGCGAGACCAUGUCUAGGCUGCACUCGCACGCGCCGGCGCAUUCUCUACACGCCACCAAGCGCAUCGUCCAGGCCGCAUUCGACGGUAGACCUUUUGAUGAGAUAUUUGACGAGUUUGAGGAGAAGCCAUUGGGUGUUGGAGCCAUUGCCCAGGUUUACCGUGCCAAGCUCAAGCCGGACCUUGCCGCGCCGGGUGAUGUGGAUCUGGCCGGCCAUGAACAGACGGCCAGGCGCAAGGUGAGAAAGAACGUCGAGACGGUGUUCAAGAGCACGCCAAAGCGAGUACCCUCGUCGUACGUCGCGAUCAAAGUGCUGCAUCCGGGCGUGGAGCGAACGGUGCGGCGCGAUCUACGCAUCAUGGGAUUUUUUGCCAGAGUUCUCAACACCAUUCCCACCAUCCAUUGGCUGUCGCUUCCCGACGAGGUGGAACAAUUCGGCGAGAUGAUGCGCCUGCAGCUCGACUUGCGCAUCGAGGCCGCCAACCUAAGUCUGUUCAGGAAGCACUUCCGCGACCGCUCGACUGCUUGGUUCCCUUUCCCCUACACCGAGUUCACAACGCGAAACGUACUGGUUGAGGAGUUUGCGCAAGGGAUUCCACUUGCGGACUUUUUGGAAAACGGCGGCGGCGUUUUCCAGCACGACAUCGCAGCCGAGGGCCUCGACGCGUUCCUGCGCAUGCUGCUGCUCGACAACUUUGUGCACGCCGACCUGCACCCAGGUAACAUUAUGGUUCGCUUCUACCAGGCCGAGCAGCCAGACCUGCCACAAAUGCCGCUCAAGCGCCGAUCACAAAAUGGGGGACCGCCUAGCCAACCACCGCAAAAGUCAGAGUCGCAAGUGGACGUGACUGAGCAGGUUCUCUCCCGGCUGCGGCCAUACAAAGGCCGCGAGAACAAGGCGGCGUGGGAGGAAGAGCUGCGCAAGAUUGACGACGAAGGAUUCCGACCGCAGCUCAUCUUCAUCGACACAGGGCUGGUGACGGAGCUGAACGCGAAAAACCGGCGCAACUUCCUGGACCUCUUCCGUGCCGUGGCAGAGUUUGAUGGGUACCGGGCUGGCGUACUCAUGUGCGAGCGGUGUCGGCAGCCGGACGCGGUGCUGGAUAAGGAGGUUUUUGCGCUGAAGAUGCAGAAGCUGGUGCUUGACGUCAAGUCCUCGACUUUGGCGCUGGGCAACGUCAAGAUCGGCGACAUUCUGCAGAGUGUCUUGUCCAUGGUGCGUACGCACCACGUCCGCGUCGAGGGCGACUUUGUCAACGUCGUCAUAAGCAUCCUGCUGCUUGAGGGCAUCGGGAGGAGCCUCAACCCAGACUUGGACCUGUUGAGCAGCUCGCUACCCAUCCUGCGCGAGCUCAGUGCGCAGAGCGGCGGGCAGAUGAUCAAGCAGGGCGACCUGAGCAUGAUAAAGUUCUGGGUCGGGUUGGAGGCGAGGAGGUUUCUGCAGGCGAGUAUUGAAGAUGUCGAGCGUUGCGUGAAAUACGAUCUCCUCUCACCCAAUGUGUAA